CCCCUCCUCCCUCCGCUGCACCGACAGCGCCGCUUUCAGUGCUUUCACACUCCUUUGAACUUUGGACAAGUCCAGACAAGUCGGAGCGCAGAAAAGACAGAAAUCUGCAGCGUUUUCUGCCCGCAUUUGGCUCUCGCAAAGAAAUGCUGGCCAUCUUGUGGCUUCCGCGAGCGUCGUCGUGCCGACGAGAAUCCCGACUGCGUGUUCACGUGGAGGCUUUUCCGAGCCUAAUAUCGUCGGCAGUCCUUUUCGGCCAGCAACGCAACGACGUCAUCGUUUCACAGGAGCCCCCGUGAAAGACGGAAUUUCCGUCCGCAUUUUUGCCAAACAAGAACGACGCUCUGGGAGAUUUUUCUCGUCUGGACACGUCCGGAGGUCAGUCAAGUGCCUCCGAACAGGACAUCUUCAGCCUGUCCCCUCUGUGCAAUGGUGCGGCGUAAAUUUUAGUUAAUAAUUUUUGAGCAACAUCUUCUAUGUGAUAAUUUUCUAAUUUCCACGUGCGGGUGUUUUUACCCCUUCCACAUCACCGUUUAAUUGGACGAUUAAAAAGAAAUCAAUUUUUAAUUUUUUUAAUUCACUCAAUUCGAUAAGGCGAGAUUUUUGCUGAUUAAUAUUCUGUGUUUUACCGUAAAUUAUGAGACAGCGAAUUUAUCAGCAACACUGACACGAAACUUUUGAUUUUUGAAGGUCUCGAGCAUGACCGGAGAAUAACAAAAUUUUAUUUCUGCGUUUUGCGAAUCUGUUCGUUUCGAAACGAAUUUUAAUUAGAAAUUCCUUGCGUUUCUCACUGAAAUCGAGGAAAUUAAAAGACGAUCUCAUCCUUGUUGAAAUGUGCAUUUUCUACGACAAUGAAAAUGUUGAUUGUCAUUCAUUAAACGACAAAUGGAAGAAACAUUAAUUUUAUAUAUGUAUUUUUAUAGCAUUGAGGCUGAGAGACUUAAAUUCAAUUGCAUCAAAAUAUCAUUAUUGCCUUUUAAUUAAUUUAAAAAAAGAUCAAUUAAUUUAAUUUUUCUCAUCGCGGCGCGUUUAAAUCACUCAGCAUCCCAAGGUUAAUUUUGUCGUCGUGUCGCCUCGCCAUCUGGCCCCAGGCCUGUCUCUUGGCACACGUGACCUGGUUGACCUGCGGAUGCCGUGACCGGAGGUCAACAUUCUCCGAUGGCUUGCAAGCUGAUCGACCUUCGGGUGGCUCUUGCAAGUGGAUUCCGAGGCUCCUCGGCUUUGGCCUGUCGCACCGGUGGCAGGUCGACCCACGGGUUCUCCCUCGGAACCUCGGGAGGAAGGGAUGGAGGGUUGGAACUUCCGAAGGUUCCGGUUCCGUCUACCAUACAUGAUGGACACGCGCAAUUGGAACUGGAUUUUGGGAAGUUUUGACUUAAAAAAGGGUGUAGAAUCUCGCGCCUUUUUAUAUUAAUGCAAAAAACUUCUCUCUUGCAUUUCACCUUUUUCUUGAGGCGCCUUUUCUUCUGGGCAGCCUGCCGUGUAAUUCUCGAAGUGUGAUUCGGCUCGGUUUUUAUGUUUUCUUGAGUCAAGAUCAUUGUGAUGCGUUUUAAUUCUGUUUGGCUAUGUAAAUGCAAAGAUUAGUUUAACUGCAAACUUUUUCAGGGUCUCAGGAUAGGCCCAUAGCUUAUGUUGAUGAUGUCCGGCUAAGCUCGUCUUUCCGAUUUGACUUGGAAGUUUGCAGCGCGUCGAUAGGGCAUACUUGUCAACAAUAGGGCCUGGACAGGCCAAAGGUUAUGUUGAUGAUUUCCGGCUAAAAUAUGGCUUCUCCAAUCCGGCUCUGUUGACGAGGCGGGGGCUGGUGGGGGGAUAAUUGUUAACUUUUAAGGUCCGAGGAUGGGCCACCACUUGAUGUUGAUGAUUUCCGGCUCAAGUGAUCCAUCCAAUUUGACCCUCUAAGCUAACAACGCGCGCGUUUUUCACUUUGAUUUGGUUUUAUAAAAAUCUGCAUCAACCUUGACUUCUGAAAACAUUAAAAUUUGAAUCUAAACGCACUUUUUAGGAUGAAAGCAGGCUGCGUGGAAGAAAGAGCAGUAAAGAAAUUCCAACUGCGUUAUACGAAUUUAAAUUAUCAAAUUAAAACGUCAUAUAUUUAUUGCCUUUUAAAUCUCAUUUAAAUUAAUUGAUCUUUCCAACAAUUUGAGGAAACUGAAAAAAUUUAAAUCGGUUUCCUCAUCGCGGCGCGUUUAAAUUACUCAGCAUCCCAAGUUUAAUCUUGUUGUUGUGUCGCCUCGCCAUCUGGCCCCAGGCCUGUCUCUUGGCACACGCGACCUGGUUGACCUGCGGAUGCUGUGACCGGAGAUCAAUAUUCUCCGAUGGCUUGCAAGCUGAUCGACCUUCGGGUGGCUCUUGCAAGUGGAUUCCGAGGCUCCUCGGCUUUGGCCUGUCGCACCGGUGGCAGGUCGACCCACGGGUUCUCCCUCGGAACCUCGGGAGGAAGGGAUGGAGGGUUGGAACUUCCGAAGGUUCCGGUUCCGUCUACCAUACAUGAUGGACACGCGCAAUUGGAACUGGAUUUUGGGAAGUUUUCAACUUAUAUGGGUGUAGAAUCUCGCGCUUUUUAGCAACCAAGUUGCUUUAUUGCAUAUAAAAAAAUCUCAUGCGUCUCCGUUUAUCUGGUUUUAAAACAAGGCAAUAAUUACAUUUUGAUUAAAUUUUAAGAAUUCGCACCAUGCAAAACACAAUUAAAUUUGAAACGCUUAAUUAGGCUUUGGAAAAGUCUUUUACUGAAUCAACUUUAAAACUGCACGACCGACAAUAUUGUCCGCUUCUGGUAUCCGACAUGCGAAAACCAGACGAUUUUUUCUUCAUUUUCACCCAUUCAAAAUUCCGGUUCGCCACAAAUUGAAAUCAAAGCUGCCUACACCAAUCAUUUGUUUGUAUGACGCGCUUAUCACUUAAUGUCAGUGUUUUUGCCCUCUGUCAUAAAUUUCUAACUUGAUCGAUCCCCAACCACUAAUUUAAGAUUCUGUGAACAUCUGCGCUUUUAAACAGGUCUCCAGAAUCAUGUUGAAAUCGCGAGUUUUUUUUUUUAAUUACGGUAAUCAGGAAGUUGGCUAAUAAUUUUAAUUGCAAUUUGAAUCAUUUUCUAAUAUAUUGUUUCUUGGUACGUUUCAUGAAUAUCCUCUGAGUUUUUCUGUUGUCAACACACAAAUAUGAGGACACUUGACUGAGGACAUCUUCAGCUGGCUGGCAUUCCAUUGAUUGACCUGAGAGUUGUGUAUCUCUGCGGUGCUAUCCUGAAGGAAAAGCGGCGCAAAAUGCAGCCAAGAAUAUCUCCAAGGAAGAAGAACUAGCUCUGCAAAUGAUCUUCAGAUUCGAGAGGACGGAGAAGCCAGCGAGAGAAAUAUUUUGGAAGUUUUGCAGAGAAAAAUCUUAAAAGAGGUGCUGGUGGUCGGUUUGCUACUGCCAGGAAGUUCUUGGAAGGGUUGAAGGCGCCCUCGAAAUCACCGUGUCCAGCCAAAGGUGGCCUGAAGGAAGCAGGGCCGUUGGCAAAAUAUGAAUCGAAUGGGGGAAGAGCAAACUUAUUGUGAAUAAGAGAUCGAUGGCAAGAAGUGAGGCAGGAAGAACAAUGUCACUGGCAAUCAAGUUGUGCUGAAACAGAAUCCAUGAGACAAAAGAAUUGUCAAGCCUUGCAGAGUGUGCAGUCUGUCAGGAGUCUGUGAAGGAAAAGCGGCACUCUAUUGGUGGCUGUGCAGAAGGCCAACAAAUCUCCGAUUUCAAAAAUGAAUCGUUUGAGAGGAGCAAAAUCAAACUAUUUGUGAAUAAGAUCAACGAAGUUGGCAAGAAGUGAGGCAGGAGAAGGAAGUCGUUUGGCGAGUUGAUCUAAAACAGCCAAAUGAAAAGACUGCAAAAAACGCCAGGUUGUCUUUCCCAGAUUUUUUCCCCAACUUAUAUCUCAUAUUCUCUUGCUUUCUCUCAAAACUAAUCCACCCCUGGUGCUGCCCUGCUAGGGAGGCGUGUUGAACCUUGUUCAGUGCGCCUUUGUGGAUUCUCGUGACAGGGCGCCUCGAGUGGCAACGUCCGACCGCAAAGGGCGCUGCCGUUCGGGACGUUCUCGACCAAACACACACAAUCUCAUUUUUAUACUGUUGGCCUUUAAAAAAAAAUUUAUUUCUCUGCUUGCUUUUUUGCUUUUUUUUUUAAGUUUUAGAAAUUGAAAGACAUCCCAUGGGGCCCAUGACAGAAAUUAAGGCCUUGCAGAGUGUGCAGUCUGUCGGGAGUCUGUGAAGGAAAAGCGGCACUAUUGGUGGCUGCGCAGAAGGCCAACAAAUCUCCGACGUCAAAUAUGAAUUGAUUGAAAUCAAACUUUCUGUGAAUAAGUUUGAUGAGUUCUUCAAGAAGUGAGGCAGGAAGAAAAAAGUCAAUGUAUAGCGAGUUGAUCAAAAACAGCCUUGAAGAGACAACAGAAGCGUCAAGUUGUACCAUUCCAUAUUUUUUAUUUUUUUUUUUAUUUUUCUUGUUUCUCUCUCUUCGUCCUUUCACUUAUAAAACAAAUCCUCCCCUGGUUCUGCUCUGCUAGGGAGGUGUGCUGAACCUUGUUCAGUGCGCCUUUGUGGAUUCUCGGGACAGGGCGCCUCGAGUGGCAAAACGUCCGACCGCAAAGGGCGCUGCCGUUCGGGACGUUCUCGACCAAACACACAAUCUUCUUUUAUACUGUUGGCCUGUUAAAAACAGAAUUUCUGUUUGCUUUUUUUUUUUUUUUAAGUUUUAGAAAUUGUAAGACAUCCAUCCCAUGGGGCCCGUUGCAGAAAGGCCUUGAAAAUUGUGCAGACUGACGGGAGUCUUUGAAGGAAAAGCGGCACUAUAGGUGGCUGCGCAGAAGGCCAAUAAAUCUCCGACUUCAAAUAUGAAUCGAUUGAAAUCAAACUUUUUGUGAAAUAAGAUCGCCAAAGUUGGCAAGAAGUGAGGCAGGAGAGGGAAGUCGUUAGGCGAGUUGAUCUAAAACAGCCAAAUGAAAGCCUGCAAAAAACGCCAGGUUGUGUCUUUCCCAGAUUUUUUCCCCACCUUAUAUCUCUAUUCUCUUCCUUUCACUCAACUAAAAUCCACCCCUGGUGCUGCCCUGCCAGGGAGGCGUGUUGAACCUUGUUCAGUGCGCCUUUUGUGGAUUCUCGGGACAGGGCGCCUCGAGUGGCAACGUCCGACCGCAAAGGGCGCUGCCGUUCGGGACGUUCUCGACCAAACACACACAAUCUUUUUUUAUUCUAUUAUGGCCUUUCUCACUUGAGUAUGAAUUUCUUGGUUGUCUGUUUGGUUUUUUAAACUUCCAGAAAUUCGAAGACGCACCCUUUGGAAGUUUGCUGUGAUCAUCAAUCUCAAUUUUUACCAGCCAACAGGUUAAAUGAAGCACGCAGGCCUUCAAAUUUUGAAUUCGUCUGUGUUCCUGGAGAGCCAGGUGCAAAUUAAAUGCCAAGACAAGAAGACGGGUGCUUUUUCGUCAAGAAUCCGUCAAGGCAAAAUCAAUACGUGCUGAACCAUCUCUAAAGCAGGGGCACCCUACAAAGGGUUAUUGAUCAAUGCACGUCAGCGUUCUCGGCAAAGUUCACAACGAUCCAGGAGAUGGAAAUCUGUAAGCUGCUGUGGUGUGUGGACGAGAAGAUCGAGCGCCCUUGAGUUGCAACAGUAGACCCUUGUUGAGUAGACCCUAGGAGCAGCAUCAACGACACCUGUCGCCAGAUUCAGGUGGCUCGCAACCUGAGCAGAUCCGCUGCCAAAUAAAAACAAAACAGUGGAGUGGUGGAAAUCCAGUUCUUGCGGCGGCGAAGUCUCAGUUGAACGUGCAAAAAUUGGUGCUCGGAGGAGGAGGGGGGGAGAAGGAUGCCAGAGGAAUGAAUGAUAUAUGUAUUGUGCCUGGUUUUUAAUUUUUCUCGUUGUACAAGACGAGUGCGCAUUCGUGACGGUUCGUGUCUCUCUGAUGGAUCCGUGUUUUUGGGGAAUUUAUUUUGAAUUUUGAUUUAAAUCUAAAAAAAAAUGCUGCUGAAACUGCGAGACUUCAGCCGCACUCUGCCAGAGGCUUCGGUCAACGUGCCUGAAAACUCGCAGGUGAAUGAUUUGCUCAAAGCAGCGAGCGCAUUUUUUGAGUGCAAAUCCUCUGCAAUUGAACUCUUCUACGGAGGAAAAAAGCUUUUGAAGGAGUUGCCUUUGCAUGGAUAUAGUUUGGCUGAUCAAUGUGUCGUGAAUAUUCGCAUCAAGCAAAGAAGGGAUGGAAUUGCUGCUGAGAAAACCUCUUCAGAGGUCAAGAAGAAGAUUGAUCAGAAUGAAGAAGAGGCGCUGCUAAAUGAUCAGAUCAGCAAAUAUUUCCAACCUGGAGACAACCUAUACUUCCAAGAUGAGGACACAGGCCAGUGGGAGGAGGGAGAAGUUUCCUCAAUUUUCAGAUGCAAUGAUGCUGAAUUGAAUGGGGACGAUGAAUUUACUUACAGAAUCCUAUGCCAAAAGAAAAAUGAGGAACUGCUUUUGAAGCUGAGGAAUUUGCUCCCUUGCGGCUCAGCCGAGUUUCGAUCUGAACAAUUGAAGGCUGGCAUGAAGGUUCUGGCUUUUGUGGCUCCACCUGGCAAGGAGGAAGGAUGGUACGAGGUCGAAAUCACAAGUGUUGGUCGAGCCAAAAAGUUCUCCCAUCCGUCCUCGGUCUCAGUUUCCUGCACAGUCCAUGCCAAAGAGGAGCACUUCGUUGACCAGACGCUCAUUUACAAACACAGAACUGUCCAAUUCCCGAGGUUGGUGACCAGAGACGAGUGGAGCAAAUUGGCAAGUGGCCGCUCCUUGCUGGAACCAUGCAGAUUCUGCAAAGGCAGCCCAGCAAGAAAGUGCAAGCAUUGCUGCUGUGUCGUUUGCGGAGACAAAGGAGAGGAGCAAAGUCAACUGAUGUGCGACGAAUGUGACAAUUCGUACCACACACAUUGCUUGACUCCCCCAUUGAAGAAAAUCCCUGAAAACGAGUGGUUCUGUCCAAAGUGCGUCAAUGUUGAAGCCAAGACGAUCAAACAGGAAAAGCAGGAAGAAGUGCAAAAACUGCUGAGGAAAAGAGGUCCGUCUGAGGAAGGAUCGGUUUGUGUGGUGCCCGAAGGACACAUUGGAAAAAUUGCUGGAGUUCCCUCAGGAAGGCUGUUGGCAACAAAAGCUCAGCUUGUGAACCUAGGAGUGCACUGCUCACCAGAUUUGAGCAUUUGUGGCUCUGCCAAAGUUGGUGCUCAGAGCAUUUUGUUGACCUCAAGUCACAAAGGUCGCUUGGACGACAAAGGACAUCGCUUCACUUUUUCAGGAGUUUCUGGCAACAAUUUGGCCUUGGCUCGAUCUUGUUUUGCCGAGGUCGGUGCCACUUCCAAAAGUUGGCGCCUGGGAGCCCCGGUCAGGGUCAUCCGAAGCCACACCUUGCCCACAAGAUUCACUCCUGCGUACGGAUUCCGUUACGACGGAAUUUACAAAGUCCUCCGGUACUGCAAGAGGAGGGACAAGACUUGGGAGUUUGAGUUGGUCAGGGACGACAACGAGCCCCCACCUUGGACGUCCUCAGGAAUGGCUUACAUGAGGAGCAUGAGUGUUGGAUUUCUGGAAGGGCAGCCAGAGGGGACCCCAGCAAAAGUCCGUCGAACUGAGGUGGUGCAAACGAAGGAGAAAUUCAUCACACCUUAUGUUCUGCAAAGAAGGGUCCAGCAACUGAUUGCUCAAGAUGGUCUGAAUGAAAGAAACUGGAAGGCCUUGGAGGAGGCCCAGAAACUUGGCUACCCUGAGUUCAUCAAGGCUGUGGCUGAACAAUUUAGGUGCGUCAUUUGCCAAGAGGUCUGCGUCAAUCCAGCCACACUGAAAUGUGGUCACAACAAAUGCUUGUUCUGCUUGAAAAAGUGGCUCGCUGGCCGGAAACAGGCAAAGUGUCUUUUGUGCCAGGAAGAGUCGGAAGGUCCCUUCACAACCAACAAUCUCCUGGUGAAAAUCCUGGGGCUCCUUCUGCACCGCACCUAGGAUGAGAAGUUAAACGGCCAAUAGCGUAUUUUAUUUUAAAUUACUUAACAAAGUAUUUUUUUUUUGCAAAUUCUCCACUGCAUUUCUACAAAGUAAUUUUAAUUUAUAAAUUAUAUUUUUAAUUUCUCCAAAAUAUAUAAUUCAUAUUUUAAUUUGUGGUGAAUUAAAAUUUCCUCAAGAAAUGUUCCUAAGAUAUU